AUGUCAAAAUCAAAGUCACAUAACUAUAGACCAACAGCAACGACGUCAUUAACAGAAGAAAUUAAAGUAGUUGUUGUUGGUGAUGGUUACACAGGCAAAACAACACUAUGUAUUGUUUAUAAAGAUGGAGAAUAUCCACAAGAUCCAUAUGUUCCAACUAUUUUUGAGAACUAUGCAGCAACAGUGACAUUAAGUAAUCAAAAAUAUAUUCUCAAUUUAUUUGAUAGUGCUGGACAGGAAGAAUAUGAUCAACUACGUAUAAUGGCUUAUCCAAAUACAAAUGUAUUUAUUCUUUGUUUUUCUGUUGUUGAUCCUGAUAGCUAUUCGAAUAUAUUAAGUAAAUGGAUACCGGAAUUAAAUCGUUAUGCACCACGUAUACCUAUUGUACUUGUUGGAACUAAACUUGAUUUACGUAAUGAUCCAUCUACAUUAGAAGGAUUAGCAGAAAAAAAUCAACGACCAAUUACACAGUCUCAAGGAGAAUAUUUAGCACGUAUAUGUUCAGCUAAAGCUUAUUUAGAAUGUUCAUCAAUGCUUAAUUUUAAUGUACGAAAUGUAUUUGAACAAGCUAUUGAAAUACAUAAUUCAUAUGAACAACGACAUCGAAAUCGAAUAAAUGGUGGACGAAGAAUUUUAUCAUCGAAAUUUCAUUCUUGUUCAUGGUUUGGAUCAUUAUUAUGUUGUACAAAUCGUUCUAGAACAUCAUCAUCAUCAUCGUCAUCAAAGAAAAAUGCACGAACAAAAAAAACUGAACAGAUUCGUUAUACAAUGUGA